AUGUCAAACAAUGAUUCUGAAAUCGUCAUGACAGGAUCGUUGCAAAGAAUCAAUCGAUCCCCCAGAACUUUGCAAAAUAGAAACACGAAGAAUUUGUCGUUACAAUUGAACGGUUCAAAUUCCAAUAUCGUCUCUCCGGAGACGAAAAGUGUCUGUAGUUUCAGUACCAAUACUAGCAAUACCAUUAGCAACGAUAUUACAAGUAUACCGUCAAGGGAGAACCCUAACAUUUCCUCGAUAAUUUCUCCUCUGGAGUUCAAACCACAUUUGACCACUACUACAAGACCAAGAAGUGCCUCGACCAUGACCACUCCUUUCCCCACCAGAGCCACCACUUAUUUACCACCACUGUUAUCGAGAAAGAGUGAUGCUUCCAUUUACACAAUAGGGAAUACUAUAACAAAGAAUAAUGGACCUCCAAUACCAAAAUUAUCAUCACCUACUUCAACUACUUCUAUAGCGGGUAAUAACAAUAAUGAUAAUAAUCAGUCAAAUAUAUUAUUAAAUGGCUCAAGCAUACCCAAUAAAUUGGGUUCCAGAGGCCAUUCCUUAUCAUUAUCAGUAGCUACUCCAACUCACAACACAGUACAUAGUACAAAUGUUACCACACAGAUUACUUCCUCUGAUAGUACUCAUUAUAAUCCUUCAAAAACUAAUAAUAUAUGUUUCAAUAGUAAUAGAGGUAGGGCUCAGACAAUUAGUCUCGAUACAGAAUCAUCCACACCUCUAGUCAGUCACAAUUCUAAUAAUACCUUUAAUUUUAAUGAUAUUCUAAAGCAAAGAAAAAAAGUAACUCCUUUUGCUCCUUCAUCUUCUUAUUCCUCUUCUAAUACACAGCAACAAUCUUUUAUACAUAAUCUUAACAUUAAUCAUUCUAAUAAUACUCAAUAUAACACAUUUUCUAAUUUGCAUAAUAAUUUACCUGAUUCCAAUUCUAAUUCUACAAUAAUAUCAACUAAUACAAAUACGAAUAUUAACAACAAUUCUCCAUUUAAUAAUGAUAAUUACUCACCUGAAGAAUAUGUGGCUAAUGCCUAUCCUAAUGGCCCAUUAUUGGUAGUCCCACCAAAUAUUUACUUAUACUCUGAACCAAAUCUUGAUGAAAUUUUAAAAUUUGAUGUUAUUAUUAAUGUGGCAAAAGAAAUACCAAACCUUAAAGCGAGUUUGAUUGAUAAUCCACAUAAUAAAAUAAAUUAUUACCAUAUACAUUGGUCUCAUAAUUCGAAAAUUUAUAAAGAUUUGAAUUAUUUAACUAAUAUGAUGCAUGAUUAUUCCAUUCAAAAUAAGAGAAUUCUUGUACAUUGUCAAUGUGGUGUUUCGAGAUCUGCUUCCCUAAUAGUUGCCUAUAUUAUGAGAUACUGUAAUAUGAACUUAAAUGAUGCAUAUGAUCAUCUGAAAUUAAUCGCCAAAGAUAUUAGCCCUAAUAUGGGACUAAUCUUCCAAUUAACUGAAUGGAAUGAAUAUUUAAAUACUAAUGAAAAAAAUAAUGAUCAAAUAGGGGCUAAAAACAAUAAUAUUUCUUCUUCUAAUAAUAGCCCUAUGCAUAUUAAACAAAUUCCUUCUGAUAUUAGCAUUACUCCAUCUGAUACAAAACAAAGCUCUCCUUAUAGCACAAAUACGACUCCAGUAGCUUCAAAUAUUGAUACUGAACAAAUCCUGCGAAUAUAA